AUGUUAAAACCCGCCCAGCGUGUGUAUUUGACAGAUGGCAGGCAGGUACGUCUGGAGGUCAUAGGAAACGUCAUCGUUCUGGCCGCCUCCUUAUUUGACGUCAUGUCACGUGACACCCUGUCAGGAGGACUUGCUUUACUUGUCGGUCUCCUCUAUGCUUUUGAGGUAGCAGUUGUCCUGCUCCCAAACGAGUACAGGAAACUCGCCAACUCGAAGCUCACAGUGAAGGAGGCGAGGAAAACUAGCACCGAACGGAGAUUCGAAAACGAAAACAGAAAUCCGGCAGGACGGGCUGAGAAGUCCCCCUUCUCUGAGCUCAGUCCCUGUUCCAUAACUGAUAGUAGCUGCAAGAGGGAUGGUAAUUCUUCAUUUUUGUCAGGAACCAAUACUUCCUGUAUACAUGUAUUCUACAUCCAAGGUGGGCAUCGUGGGCAGGACGGAGCUGGGAAGUCCUCUCUGACUCGGUCCCUGUUCCGGCUGAUAGAAGCACUGCAGGAGGAGAGAUCAACAUAG